UGCGCCUACUUAUCAAACGCAAAUGUAACCAACCGCGUGUGACGAGUCGUCUGUCACUGUUAAAGUGUAAACGGCAGAGAUAAGCCCGGUCUGUAGGUGGAGAACAACGUAGACAUGGACGUUUCUAGUAAAACACCAAUUAAAUACUCCGAGGGAGUGAAGGAAGAUUUGAAAGCAGAUGAAGCGGCUCGCGGUGUUCAGGGCUCCGGUGAAUGCUGGGAAACUUGUGUGAAGAACAUACGUGGUUUUAUUUCGCCCGACUCCAAACGAGAGCUGGUUCAACUCUUCAAACUAGCGGGACCGGUGGUCAUUUCCCAGAUGAUGGUCUUCAUGAUCAGUUUGGUCAGCACUGUGUUCUGUGGUCACCUGGGGAAAACUGAACUUGCAGGAGUAGCAUUAUCAAUAGCGAUUGUUAAUGUCAGUGGUAUUUCCAUUGGAACUGGUUUAUCGUUAACCUGUGAUACCCUCAUAUCUCAGACGUAUGGGAGCGGUAACCUGAAGCGUGUGGGUGUGAUUCUCCAGAGGGGGAUUCUGAUUCUGCUGCUGGCCUGUUUCCCCUGCUGGGCAGUCCUCAUCAACACUGAACCUCUCCUACUUGCUGUCAAACAGAGCCCAGAGGUUGCCAGUCUCGCCCAGUUGUAUGUGAUGAUCUUCAUGCCUGCUCUGCCGGCUGCUUUUAUGUACCAGCUGCAAGGGAGGUAUCUUCAAAAUCAGGGAAUUAUAUGGCCUCAGGUUGUGACUGGAGCGAUUGCAAACAUCCUCAACGCAAUCAUCAACUACGUUUUCCUCUACCAGCUGGAUUUGGGCGUCGCUGGAUCUGCUGCAGCCAAUGCUAUCUCACAGUAUUUGCUGGCUGUGGCCUUAUACGUUUACAUCUGCUGCAGGGGUCUGCAUAAAGCCACAUGGGGAGGUUGGUCACUGGAGUGUCUGCAGGAGUGGGGACCCUUCAUCCAGCUGGCCAUCCCCAGUAUGCUCAUGCUUUGUCUGGAGUGGUGGAUGUUUGAAAUAGGAGGAUUCCUGGCCGGAAUUAUAAGUGAGGUUGAGCUGGGAGCUCAGUCCAUAGCUUAUGAGCUGACGGUCGUAGCUUACAUGUUCCCAUUAGGACUCGCUGCUGCUGCCAGUGUACGUGUUGGGAAUGCUCUUGGUGCAGGAAACAUAGAGCAGGCCAAGCUGUCCUGCAAAAUCCCCAUCAUUUGUGCAUUCAUAAUUGCCUGUUUUGUUGGAGUCAUCCUCGGCAUUGCCAGAAAUGUCAUUGGAUACAUCUUCACAUCAGAGGCGGACAUUUCACAGAGGGUUUCUGAUGUCCUGGUCAUCUUUGUCUUCAUGCAUCUUGCUGAUGCCGUUGCGGGUGUGGCUGGAGGUGUUCUCAGAGGAGCAGGAAAACAGUUGAUUGGUGCUCUGUGUAACCUGGUUGGAUACUACUUCAUUGGCGUCCCUAUUGGUGUGUCCCUAAUGUUUGCAGCAAACAUGGGCAUUUUAGGACUCUGGACGGGGCUCACCAUUUGUGUGUUGUUGCAGUCCAUUUGCUUCGUCACAUUUGUGUACAAACUCGACUGGAAGAAGGCAGCUGAAGAGGCUCUUGUGAGAGCAGGAGUCCAGAUCAAAGAAGAUAAAGAGAUGCAGGUGGAAAAUACAGACUCAAAUCAGAACCAGGCUAAUGUAUCCAAUGCUGAGGAUGCUGAGGAGGACAACGCAUAUCAGGAUGUGAAUAUUGCUGGCCUAAACAAAUCCACUACAGUGGGAAACACUCUGUCAAUAACACAGCUGGUUUUACGACGUGGCCUCACAUUACUGAUCAUGGUCGUUAUUCUCGUUGUUGGAAUCUUCGCAAACGCCCUCCUCGCCAGGCUGCUGAAAUGAGUCAUCCGCUGACAUUAAGCUGGCAGUCAGACGGAUGGCUGUCAGGAUCGAUGGCGUCAACGGCCAUUAAACAAUACUUUAAAGUUAACACUGAAUCACCUUGUAGCGAAAGGGUGACUGUUGCUAUUAAUCCCACUGAGGAUCAAAUCCUGAGUCUGAAGUUUAGUGCAGCUUUUAGCCAACAACCCUCUCAUACGUGACUGGACAGCCACUCUUUGGCAGAGAAUUAAACAAGGUGAUAUGCGUGGAAUAUCUAGCAAGCCAAAAAUACCCAGAUAUUAAACUAAGUCUACAUAGCACAUAGAUGCAUGAAGUGGACAUAGAAAUCUUUUCAACUUUUCCCCCACUAGCUUUUCCAAGUCAAUUUAAUGACUUAUUCAGACCAUCAGGGGAAAAAGCAAGAUGUAUAUUAAAAUGAUAUAUUGUAAUUCAUUGUCAUUGCUGCUCAGUCAAAAACACAGCAGGGGGUCUCUCCCUCUCAUCUUUUCCUUCAUGCAACCGACACAACGACUAAGCUCUAUGCAAAUGUAUAAUGCCACCAAUAUGCAAAUGAGCAUAUGAUAACAAUUGGUGAUUUUUGGAGAAAGUCCUAGCUGCUUUUAUCAGAAAAAAGUUGACAACACUGCACAGGACACACCGCAUUCUGUUUUCCAUAGUUCACUUUCUGCUAUACGGGGGAUAGUUACUGCGAAGAACUUGCAUUGAUACACUUUGUAACAUGUAAUAAUUGUUGAAAGGGAAACAGUUGCACACUCGUAGCCAGGGUGAAUAAAAUGAUUAAUUAAUUUACAAUUGUUUUGACAUGGUAGUCUUUUCAGGCUUUUGAGGGACUUAACAGCUACACAAGAUAAAAUAGGGCAUGAGAGACAGGUGUGUUCAAUCCUGAAUCAUAUUUACAUUGAUCAUUAGGCAUUUAAAAAUCACAUUAGAAAAACUGUUUGAUCAAAAGAGUCUACAUAUCAACAUCAGAAAAACUAAGCUCUUAAUUUGAAUAGCCAACAGCAUUUUAGAUUGUUUAGAACAUUUUACAAGAGCUUUUGUUCACAGAAAUUGAGCAUUUUCUAAUUAUAUAUAAAUUAAAUGAACAGAUAAGAAAAAAAACAAAAUCCUAUUGAUAUGUUUUAUACAAAAUGUAGUGCCUGUUGUGCAAGAGCUUCUCAACAGUGAGGGUGACAAUGUACGAGAUGAUAUGAUGAUGCAUGAUAUAGACUAAAACAAUAUGCCCUCAGAAAUAAGUCAGAAACAUAGGCGCUAAAAGUUUAGUUAUAUAGUAUGGCAAACAACUUAAAAGUUUAGAUUAUCAUGGGUUCAGAGGUUUCACAAAUUUAACCUUCAUAAAUGUACGAUAAAGUUGUUCAAAUUAGCUUUCUAAUACAUCUUGACUCAAAAAACACAGCGUCGGCAUAUAAACGUGGAAACAACGCAUUCAAACUUUACAUUUUACAGUCACACUGACAUAAAUCUUGGUUCUUGUCAAAGUAACUAACCAGGGCCUGUGUUAUGUUUGCCAAAAACAAUUUAGGAACUCAAAGGUCUGCAGCAGUUGUAGUAUGUAGUAAAAGUAAAAGAGAAAGCGUAUGCGAUCAGGAUCGCAGCUGAAGUCUGAGACCGAGACGUGCGCCAUGUUGGCUCGGACUUCACUUCCAGCGAGCUCUGUCUCUUAGUUAUUCUGUUCAGCCACCAGAUGGCAACAGACAGCAUUGCGCCAUCGAUAGCCUUGAUUCAGAGGGACCUAAUGAUACCUGUUUCAGCCCUGUGGGCCUCAGCAUUCUCCAUUUAUCUUUCCUAUAGAAUGGAGCUCUUACAACUACUUUCUGUUACCUAUUAUAACUAUUUCUAGCUUUUUUUGCAUCAUCGCCAUAUUGAUAUAAAUAGUUUUUUGAAGGAAAGCUCUCAGUUAACAGUCAGGAGACUGCCUGAGUAUAUAUUUUUAGGACUGUGUCAUUAAUGUUGUAUUUUUAUCACAUUUACAGUCACAGUUUAAGUUCAUUCAUUUGCAUCAUUACCCAUGGUAUCUUGGUUAUAAUGGUGAUACUGCCUUUGAAAUUUAGAUUUUACAUUAGGAAAGGAUAAAAAAAAAAAAAACAUUUCUUUCCUCUAUUGCAUCUCCAUUUAUUCUGAAAUGGCAAUAAAAAUAGGUUUACUUACAAUGGAUUCUUAUUCCUUAGCUUCUGACCUAUCAAGGAGAUUAGAAAUAUGCAUAUAAGCCUAAUGGUUGAUGAGCUGUUCCUGAUUUAUUUGGGGUAUGUCAUUUUAGGCAUUUUUUUUAAUGGAUAUGUCUAGGGCUUAACGUGUUAAGAGAGCAUUGUGUAAGAUUUAGUGGCAUCUAGUCGUGAAGUUUCAAAUUGUAACCAACUACAGUGAACUUCAUGUAAUGUAAAGAUGGAAUAGGCCCCACCUAGAGAGCCAGUGUCUGGCUUGUCUGUUCUGGCCUUCUGUAGAAACAUGGCGGUGCAACAUGGUGAACUCUGUGAAGGUCAAGCUGGCUAUGCAGAUAUACAUGGCUCAUUUUAAGCUAAUGCAUACAAAUAAAUCUGAGUUUCAGGUGAUUACGCAUAAAUGAAAACACAGUUAUUAAUAAUUUAUCAUAUUUCUGCUAAUUAAUCCCCCCUGAAUCCAACACACUGCUCCUUUAAUGUAACUUUGCAAGAAUUUCUUGAGGCAUUCUAUGUUUGAAUAACAAGCACUAACGGUAAGGUGUUCGGAAAAGAAAAGGAAAAUGUUUUGAAGAUGUUUUGAUUUUAGAGGAACACCUACAUACAUUCUUGGGUUCAAGGGAAAAAGUGAAGACGCUUAAAAGUGAAUGUAUUUUUUAUGUGUUUAAAUGGUGGCUGAGAGUGUGCGUGUGUAACAUUUUUUUGUGAUAAUCGUACUCAUUGUGUCAUCAAAGGCAUGUUGCGAGACCAAAAGUUGAGAAUUCUGGCACAGGUUUUUUUUAUUUUUUAUUCAGCAUUAUUGUUACUCUUUGUAUCAUGGUCAGUGGUAGUAUACAUGAAAUACAUGUAUGAUUGAUGUAGAUGUUUCUGAAUCAGUCAGUGAUAUAUGAUGCACAUGAAUUGCAUUUAAUGCUCUCUAUAUGUGUUCCUAUCAGCAAUACAUCCACCACUGCUUCUUUGCAUGCCUUUGUCAACAUUGUUGACAGAAUAAAUGUUUUAUUGCCAAAUACAGAGAUCAUCAAUGCCAAGGAAUUUAUGUAAGCAAUACAUUGAGUGUUUUGAAUUAGCAUUCUCAUCAUUGUCAUAUCUCAAUAAAAAUAAAAAGUAAAA